AUUGAAGGUAUAAGGACGGACGUAUUUUAACGCUUUAGCCGCCAUUUUACAUUGGUUCUAUCUUUUUAGCUGUUAGGGUUGAGAGGGGUCAUCUUCCGGACAAUUCUCCGCAGGGGCUUCGCCGGGAAAGCGUGAAUUUUGGUAAAAGAAAUCGUAAAUACCGAUUUCUGAAGGUUCGUCUCUUUUAGGGUAGAGGAAAAGAUUGCAAAACGAAGAUGGUGUUUGGCCAAGUUGUAAUCGGUCCCCCUGGUUCAGGAAAGACUACCUACUGUAAUGGCAUGUCUCAGUUUUUGCAACUAAUAGGAAGGAAGGUUGCUGUUAUCAACUUGGAUCCUGCUAAUGACUCAUUACCCUAUGAAUGUGCUGUAAACAUUGAGGAUCUGAUCAAGUUAAGUGAUGUGAUGAUGGAACAUUCCCUUGGUCCUAAUGGAGGCUUGGUUUAUUGCAUGGAUUAUCUGGAGAACAAUAUAGAUUGGUUGCAAGCUAGAUUGGCACCUCUUUUGAAAGAUCAUUACCUCCUAUUCGAUUUUCCAGGACAAGUUGAAUUAUUUUCCCUACACUCUAAUGCCAAGAACGUUAUAAUGAAACUCAUUAAGAAUUUGAAUCUGAGGUUGACUGCAGUGCAUUUAGUUGACGCUCAUCUUUGCAGUGACCCUGGGAAGUAUGUUAGUGCACUGCUACUCUCUUUAUCAACCAUGUUGCAUCUGGAGCUCCCACACGUUAAUGUCUUAUCUAAGAUUGAUUUAAUUGAGAACUAUGGAAGGCUAGCUUUUAACCUUGACUUCUAUACGGAUGUGGAAGACUUAUCAUACCUACAACAUCAUCUUGACCAAGAUCCUCGCUCUGCCAAGUACAGAAAGCUCACCAAAGAGCUUUGUGGUGUAAUCGAAGAUUUUGGUUUAGUCAAUUUUACAACCUUAGAUAUCCAGGAUAAAGAGAGUGUAGGAAAUCUUGUUAAGCUAUUAGACAAGACCAAUGGGUACAUUUUUGCUGGUAUGGAAGCAAGUGCAGUUGAAUUUAGCAAGAUUGCAGUUGGUGCUACAGAUUGGGACUAUUACAGAGUUGCAGCAGUGCAAGAGAAAUACAUGGAUGAUGAAACUCUCAACUUCAAUGACUGAUGACUGAGACUAUGAUUUUCUGCUGAGAAAGUGCAUGUAUCGGUGAAACCAGUCACCUCCGCAUUCACUUGCAUUGAUUGUGCACAAGUUCCCAGUGGUGCCCGUUGAACUGCAGCAAUGUCUAGUGUCUAAUCUCUUUUGCUCUGCAGCUGCUAAUGUUCCUCUCAAGUUCUCAGCUAUGGCGCCUGGAUUGCCAUGUAGACCGCUCUCUAAAUGACAAACUGGUAACAUGUUGAGAGGAUUAAUAAAUGUGCAAAUACCGUGCAGAUAGCUUUUAAAAGCAUGUGAUCCAGACUACUAUAUCUAGUCACUUGUUGAGUAUGACUAUCUGUUAUGCUCCAUGGUGUAUGUCUGAGUUGAACAACUAUUGCCUAAUCCUUUGGCACUAAUUUAUGAUUUUCCCCCUCUUUUACUUUGUGUUUUUUCUGCAAUUCAUCAAACUCUCAUACUUCAAAACAGUAGAUGUUUAAUGCAUUUGCCCACCUUCUUAUUUCAUAGGGGGGGUCAAUUAUGAAUGUAUGUUUUUAUUGCUCAGUUGGUGGGUUGAGUGAGAAGUUUGAAUUUUGUGUGGUGAAGCAAUGGAAAAUGGCGAAUGGUCGUUAUCUGUUGGAA